GUUCUCGAUUAUCAUCUCCCUCUGCCAUUCCCCUUUUUGUUCUCUUCUUUUAACUCUUCUUGUUUCUUUCCAAUUUAAUUUCCAUUCCUUCAUUAUGGCGACCGCAGCCACCCAGGGUGUCCCUGGAAAUAACUCCUUCAAGGAUAAGGAGAAGCCCAUGGCGGUGCGCGCCUCGAAUAUUCUCGCUGCGAGGGCUGUUGCCGAUGCCAUCAGAACGUCGUUGGGACCCAGAGGCAUGGAUAAGAUGAUCCAAACGCCAAAGGGCAACACUAUCAUCACGAACGAUGGAAACACAAUGCUGAAGGAUAUGAGCGUCAUGCACCCCGCCGCGCGCAUGCUGGUUGAUCUGAGUGCCGCUCAGGAUGUUGAGGCUGGUGAUGGAACAACGUCGGUCGUCGUCAUUGCGGGCAGCUUGUUGGGUGCCGCCGAGCGGCUCCUGGCCAAGGGCCUUCACCCCACCGUCAUCGCCGAAUCCUUCCAGAGAGCUGCCGGUGCCGCCGUUGAGAUCCUCCACAGCAUGUCCCGUCCGAUCAACUUGAUGGACCGUACCGUCCUGCUCCAGGCCGCCUCCACCUCGCUUUCCUCGAAGAUCGUGUCGCAGCAUUCCAACCUCCUGGGCCCCAUGGCCGUUGACUCGGUGCUGAAGGUUGUCGACCCCAAGACCGCGGAGAACGUCGAUCUGCGAAACAUUCGUAUUGUCAAGAAGGUCGGCGGAACGAUCGAGGACAGUGAGAUGGUGGACGGUCUGGUCCUGAACCAGCAGGUCAUCAAGAGCAGCGGUGGUCCCACACGAGUCGAGAAGGCCCGGAUAGGUCUGAUCCAGUUCCAGCUCAGCCCCCCGAAGCCUGAUAUGGAAAACCAGAUUGUCGUGAACGACUACCGUCAAAUGGACAAGAUCCUCAAGGAAGAGCGCCAGUACCUGCUCAACAUGGUGAAGAAGAUCCAGAAGACCAAGUGCAAUGUCCUCCUGAUCCAAAAGUCCAUCCUCCGCGACGCCGUCAACGACCUUUCCCUCCACUUCCUUUCUCGUCUGAAGAUCGCUGUGGUCAAGGACGUCGAGCGUGAUGAGAUCGAGUUCCUGUCCAAGAGCCUCGGCUGCAAGCCCGUGGCCAACAUCGACUCGUUCACGGAAGAUAAGCUGGGCACUGCGGAUCUGAUUGAGGAGGUCCAGGCCUCCGGUGCCCGCUACGUGAAGAUCACGGGUAUCAAGGCCCCACUCGUCCCCGUCAACCAGACCGUGUCCCUCGUCGUUCGCGGCGCCAACAGCCUCAUUCUGGACGAGGCCGAGCGUUCCUUGCACGACGCCCUCUGCGUGAUUCGCUGCCUGGUGAAGAAGCGCGCCCUCAUUGCCGGUGGUGGCGCUCCUGAGAUCCAGGUCGCCCACGCCCUGGCCAUGCGCUCCCGCGAGCUGACGGGCACCGAGGCCAUCUGCUUCAAGGCCUUCGCCGACGCCAUGGAGGUCAUCCCCACGACGCUGGCCGAGAACGCCGGUCUCAACUCGAUCAAGGUGGUCACCGACCUGCGCCACCGUCACGCGCAGGGCCAGCACAACGCCGGCGUGAGCAUCCGCAGCGGCGGUGUGAAGGACGACAUCACCGAGGAGAACAUCCUGCAGCCCCUCCUGGUCAGCACCAGCUCCAUCGAGCUGGCGGCCGAGACGGUAAAGAUGAUUAUGAGAAUUGACGACAUUGCCCUGUCGAGGUAAUUUUGGCGGGUCGUUGCGAGGAUAGAAAAGCCGUGGUAUAUUAUGAUGAGUAAUUACAAAAGCAAGGGUGACCUGAAUAGAAUCGUG